AUGGCAACCGACAAUGCAGGAUUCCCGGCGUUAAAGCCCGCCCUCAUCACGAGGAUUCACGUUGAUCCUACCAAGAUCCGCCCUUUUGGCGUUAGCCACACUGGCUCUUCGCUCAUCCACUUUGAAGUCCCAAGUGGAACAGUGGAGACAGUACCAGGCUUUGAACCAGAAUUCAAGGCCGAGAUUGUCUUCGGUGGGGAUUGGUUUGUCAUGGACGCAGAUGGAAAGCAUGGUCGUGUGAACUUCCGUGGUAUCGCCAAAACCGACGAUGGCCAUGUUAUUGAUAUCCGUACUUUUGGUACUGUCGACAUGGUUCCAGCAGCUGCCAAAGUCUUCACUUUACAGCCAGACAUGGCGUCCGUUCCAUUUGGCCACGCAGCGGCCCGGAUUGAAUACCUGGUCAACGACCCCAAGCCAAAGUUCCUGGAGAAUAGCUUUCUUGUUGGAAACGCCCAGGUUAUCAUCGAUGAGACUGGGGUCACAAUUGAGAACAGACAGUCUAUUGUCCUUACUCCCACAAUUCAGGAGUGA